CCGUGACAACACACAAACACAACAUUUGCAGCCCUUUCCAUGUAGUUAGUGCAUUAUCAGGCUUCAGACUUCUUUCCUGGGAUCAUUUCUCUUGCUUUGAAGUUGGGAGAUUUUUUUAUGAUUAAGAAUGAACGAGUUGGAGAGAAGGCAGGACUGGCAUUUAACCAGCACAGGAGUUGGACUCAACCACACAGCCCCGACAUCAUUUCCUCCUCCACAUAUCAGGUCAAGCCUGAGUGACCCGCUUCCUGCUGGACUGGAGAGGACAGAUGAAGUGACUGCAUAUGAUGAGCUUCUUAACACAUACGAGACAACAACAGGAAGUACCCAUAAUGGGAAAUACCCAGGAAGAGUUUAUUCCCAGCCCAGGCACCCCAUUGCACCCCCUCACUGGAAAGUCCAUUAUAACAAGGAUUUGUGGGACAAGUUAAAGCUAAGAGCAUGGAGAUCUCCUCUAGACCCUGCAUCCCAGUGCAGUGAGAUGAAAUCGGAGUUCACUGGACGUCAGGCUCAACCUACAUUGGCUAACUUCCAUGCUGGACCACAGCCUUUUUCACUCAGUAAUCACCAUGGCAGUGGGCCGUCACAGUCCAUAAUUCCUACAACAGAGAACAAAGCCCUUUCCGGAGAGACUUUCUACAUAAGAGAUGGUGGGGCCUUGCGUCUCAAUGACAUAUAUGCUUCCACUACUGCGUGGGAUUUCAGAGCUUUCACAGCGAAAGAACUGGAGGGCUACCCCAAAAAAGAUAUACUGACUUACUGGCAAGCUGAGGAUUACCCCAAGGCCUGGGGACAUGGCCUGAAAGAGAACCCGCUCCCUAAGGAGUCUUAUCCCAUCCUGCGAAGGCCUCCUCCCAUGCGUGAUGUUACCCGAUUCCCUAUUGCUACCAAACUACCCAGAAUACCCCCACGUGCAGUUCCAGUUCCAAACAGAGGCCUUAAAACUCUGGCACAAGAGAGCUAUCAGUCACCCCUGGAUGUGAAAAGGUCACGAGAUGUCUACUUCCCCUUGGAAUGCCCUUGGACAAUCCCUCGCCAAGGACCUUUACCAGAAAUAAUGGCUGUGCCUAAAAUGUAUCACACAGAGUAUGAGUCGUAUGGGAGUGAGAGACCAAUUACUAUGUGAGACCACCCAAAGAUGUAGUACUCACGCUGAAUUAUGGUAACAACAACCAGCUUACCUGUUCCUGAACCAAAUAAAGUCCAGUUUCCCAGCAUUCACCCCUGCGGUCUCCUUUUAAAUGCAUGCGUUAGGACCACCAGCUGCUGCCUGUUGAAUUUUGUAUAUGGUAUACUGUAAUUCAAUAAAGAUAGUAUCAUUGCAAAAUAA